GAACGCGCGAUAAAAGUCCACAUCGUCGUUCGUAACGCAUUCGAAACCUUUCUCUAUCAACCCCUGAUAAUCUCACCCGCUGCUCCUCGCACCCCCCAGCACACUAGGUCCCUCCUGGAUAAACGAAAACCAACCAACGGCUUAAUUAACACAUUACUUGUCUUGAAUAUAUCUCUUCAGUUGAUUUUAAGUAACUGCUCUUUCAAGACUAUAGCGAAAGAUAAUCCAACAAAACGGUAUUAUUUCUACCCUUUCUAAAGACAAUGUCUCGUAGUAAAUAUCCAAAGAAGAAAUACAGAUGUCCAUUUUCAAUCAAAUGUUUCUCUUGUAAACAUGACGAAAAUAUUACUCUAGCUUUUGAUUCAGAUAUUACGUCUGAAAUGGAUGAUCCCUUCAAUUUGGAUCCUGUUGCUUUAGAUUGUGAAAUGGUUGGCAUUGGACCUGAAAAUUCUAGUGCUUUAGGACGAGUUAGUAUUGUUGACUAUGAAGGGAAAGUGUUAUGUGACGUUAUAGUUAAACCUGAAGAAGAAAUUUUCGAUUAUCGGACACAAUGGAGUGGAAUACGUGAAGAAGAUAUGUCUCGUGCACUACCUUAUUUUUAUGUUCGAAAUCGUGUCUACAACAUCCUAUAUAAUCGUAUUGUAGUAGGGCAUAUGCUCAAGAAUGACUUCGCCGUGUUAGAUUUGAGACAUCCUCCUCAUUUAGUACGCGAUACUUGUAAGGUUCCAUAUCCUAAGACACUUGCUGGUUUUCCCACAAAAUCUAAAAUUGGACUACGAGCCCUUACUUUGCGGCUUUUCGGUAUUAGUAUUCAAAAUGGUGAACACUGUUCAAUUGAAGAUGCUCGUGCAGCAAUGGCUAUUUAUCGAUUAGUUGAAGAUCAAUGGGAAGAUGAUUUCAUAUAAUACAACUACUUUUAGUGAUAUUUGUGAAUCAACAUAUUUCAAGAAAAAUAUAUUCCAUAACC